AUGCAGGGUGUUUGUGUUGAUGGUGGUGGAAAGGAUUCCUCCAUUUAUGAGCAAACAAGAGUACAAAAUGCUGGGUUCUCGGCCCCAACUCCAAUUCAGGCACAAUCCUGGCCCAUUGCUCUUCAAAGUAAAGAUAUAGUUGCCAUUGCUAAAACAGGUUCAGGGAAAACCUUGGGGUAUUUACUUCCAGCAUUUAUUCACCUCAAGCGCACUAAUAAUAACUCCAAAAUGUGCCCCACUGUAUUGGUACUUUCACCAACAAGGGAAUUGGCAACUCAGAUUCAAGAUGAAGCUGUGAAGUUUAGUAAAACAUCAAGAAUUUCCUGCACAUCAUCAUUCUUGUUAGGACUUAUGCAUGAUGUGGGACACGGGCCAUUCAGUCACUUGUUUGAACGCGAGUUUCUUCCCCAAGUUAUGAGCGGUUCUGAUUGGUCGCAUGAACAAAUGUCUGUCAAUAUGGUUGAUCAUAUAGUUGAGGAACACCGUAUUGAUAUUGAUCCUCAGAUGUUAAAAAGAGUCAAGGAGAUGAUAUUGGCGAGCUCCGAAUUUGCUCUUCCUAGGAGCUCAAGUGAGAAGAGUUUCCUGUAUGAUAUUGUUGCAAAUGGACGAAAUGGAAUCGAUGUUGACAAAUUUGACUAUAUUGCUCGUGACUGUCGAGCUUGUGGUGUUGGAUGCAACUUUGAAUUUCAGAGGUUAUUGGAGACCAUGCGGGUUUUAGAUGACAAGAUUUGUUAUCGUGCAAAGGAUUAUCUUACCAUCCACAAGUUGUUUGCAACUCGUGCUGAUCUGUAUAGAACAGUUUAUACACAUCCAAAAGUAAAGGCAAUAGAGCUUAUGGUGGUUGAUGCACUUGUGCAAGCAAAUGAUUAUUUGCAGAUUUCAUCUAGCAUUCAAGAUCCUGGUGAAUAUUGGAAGCUGGAUGAUUCUAUAAUUAAAACCAUUGAGAUUUCUCAUGCGUCCGAACUGAAGGAGGCUAGAGAGUUGAUCCUGCGCAUUCGAAGGCGGAACCUGUAUCAGUUCUGUAAUGAGUAUGCUGUUCCAAGGGAUAUAAUGGAUAAUUUUAAGAAAGUCACUCCAAAGGAUAUAGUUUGUUCACAGAAAAAUGGUGGGGUUAUGUUGAAAGAGGAGGAUGUAGCUGUUUGCAACACCAAAAUCGAUUUGACUCGCGGAAAGGAUAAUCCUCUUGAAAGCAGCAUCCACUUUUUCAAGAUUUGACUAUAAUGCUCGUGACUGUCGAGCUAGUGGUGUUGGAUGCAACUUUGAAUUUCAGAGGUUAUUGGAGACCAUGCGCGUUUUGGAUGACGAGAUUUGUUAUUGUGCAAACGACUAUCUUACCAUCCACAAGUUGUUUGCAAUUCAUGCUGUUCUGUAUAGAACAAUUUAUACACAUCCAAAAGUAAAGGCAAUAGAGCUUAUGGUGGUUGAUGCAUUUGUGCAAGCAAAUGAUUAUUUGCAGAUUUCAUCCAGCAUUCAAGAUCUUGGUGAAUAUUGGAAGCUGGACGAAUUGAGGGUUAUGAUUCAUUCUGGAAAGCAAGUAAGCUCUUCGUUAAAACUGAAAUCAAGGGUUUCAAGACUGUGAAGUUUAUGAAUUGAACUUAGUAAAUGUUGAUUGCAUUUUCCUAUUACAUCCAAAUUACAGAGAGAUGGAAAGAAAGGAGGCAAACCUAACAUUAUAGGGCAUUCAUAAAUUUGAAGUGUUGAAAGGCUGAAAGGAGGCAAACCUAACAUUAUAGGGCAUUCAUAAAUUUGAAGUGUUGAAAGGCUGGGAAACAUGUUAUCUCUAUCCUCCUUCGAUAAACUCGUCGGGUUUGACAACCCCUUAGUUUUAAAUUUUCUAGUGUUCUUAAACCUCCUGCAACUCCAUCAUUGGAUGACUCAUCGUAUAAAUAUUUUACAUGAGUCGAGUUAAAUAUUUUAGAGAAGAAUUGGACAUCGUAAACUAUGAUGUCCAGACUUUGAAGUUGUUGUGUUUGAGGUUACGUUUCAAUUGUCUUAUUUCUGCCAAAAGAUAUCCGUUUUUAUUGCCAACUACAUAGGUAGUGUUAAAGUCUUAGGGGAAGCCAACAUCCUUAUAUUUGGAGGCAAGCUUGAUAGAUGUUGCAAACUUUCAAGUGUACCAAAUUAUUAGACAACUUUUGGAGGCUAUGAUGUAACUUUAAAAAUCUGCAAAUUCCACGAUUUACAUU